UCACAUGUCUGCUCACAUCUGUCUCUUAUUAUUGUUAUUAUUAUUAUUAUUAUUUUAUCUCUCACAUCAUAUCAAUCUAACAUUCAAAAGCAUGGCCGGCGCUUCAGCCACCAAAUCUCUAUCUCUCUUUCUUUCUUUCUUUUUGGUCUUGCAAUUUUUGCAAUGGUGACUGCCAAUGAGAUCAACCCAUGUUUAGUCUCUCUCUCUACACUGACAAAAAAAACACACACACACACACACUAAAUUUUAACUUGGGUAGUUGGGUAUGUGAAAGAAGACUAUAUAUAUAUUUGUUUAUAUAUAUUUGUGUGUGUGUGUGUGUGUAUACGAAUGUUUCAGAUUAUUGUAAAAGGUAGAUAAUAUAUUGCAGAUUUUGAGGAAAACGAGGAUGAGGUGCAGCAGGGGUUGCUUAUACAGCUCAAUGAGGAUACUGAAUCUGAUAAUCAAUUUGUGUGGGAUUUUGAUGAUCAUAUACUCCCUUUGGCUGCUAAAGAAGUGGGAUGAAGGUGUCACUCAGUUGCCUUUUUCAGCUUCUAUUCCAAGGCCAUGGUUCAUCAGCACAUGUUUAGUCGUCGGAAUUGUUGUCUGUUUGAGCACUCUUUCGGGCCACAUGGUUGCAAACUGCAUCAGCAAUUAUACUCUUGCCAUAUAUAUUAUUUCCAUCUUUUCACUUCUGUUAAUCCAAGCUGGGGUUAUUGUCACAAUUUUCUUUAGGAUGGACUGGGAGUCAGAAAUCAUCAAAUACAUUGAUGAGAAUCACGAAUCAUUCAAGAGCUUCAUUCUCUUCCACCUAGUCAUGUGUCGCUUGAUUGCAAUUUUAGUUUUCGUGGCUCAGGUGAAAGCUAUCGUGUUUGCUGUUAUUCUUUGGUUUUUAGGAUGUGAGCCUCGGAUUCACUGUCGUAUGUCGGAACCACUCGAUUUUCAACAAUCUUUUCUGGUGGUUGAUUCUGAAAAACGUGAUGUAGGUUUGAAGUUCAAAUGGAGGGAAUAAUAAAACCUUUCUGUUAAUCAAAAUAAAUUUGCAGCAAUAGGGUUGAGGUUAUUAUUAUUAUUAUUUUUUUCCUUAAUGAAAUACUAACCUAUAUACUAUGAUAACCUAGCUACUAAGUAGUGUGAAAUCUUAAAAAUAAAAAACAAAACAAAACAAAAACAAAAACAAAACUAACUAAUAAGAAUCUUAAGUAACAAAUUUAUGAACUGAAUCGAUGCUCUAGGCAGGGGAUAUAUGUUGGUUAGUUAAUUGAUCACAUAUUAAUAUAUCAUUCAUGAAAUGGGUUGGAUUUGUUUUAGUUUGGAUACGAAAUCGUUCUAUUGGAUCAAAUGUACUUAUUCGAUUCAAUGUAAUAAGUAGAAUUGGGUCGGAUUAUGAUUGCUCAGAUUAAGAUAUAUAGGAUUGCAGUUCUGUUUUUUAA